AUGUUAUAAGAAUGUACAUACAUAAGCAAAUUAACAGAGUAGUUGUUAUAAUUUAUUUCAAAAAAUACAAAUUAAUUUAUAUUACGUAAUCAAAUCGUUUUCCUACUUAUCGAUAUUCAAGCAUGCAACAAAAGAGAUAAAAAAAAUCAUCGAGAAGUCCUUUAAGAAAUCCAUAGACAACCAAUACUACUCAUAUCAGUAAUACAACCCAUAACUCGCCUUAUAAGUUUUCUAAAAAGAGAGGUACUUCUGUAACAAUCACAAAUGAUUCGUAUAGUAUUGGGAAACGAGAAAAUGUUGAGAAACGGAAGGUUUCCAAAAUAUAGAAAAUAACAAAUUUUGAAAACAAUAAUUUUGUAAGGAGGGACUAAAAGCUAAAGAUAAUUCAAAGAAGAUAGGAGAUAGGAUUGGAAUACUUAAACAAAAUCCCAAAAAAAAAUAUUUAAUUGCUUCUUCAAAGUAUGUUUCUGCUCUUAGUAUAUAGUAUAAAAAAAUUAAGGUCCUUAACUAAUCAAGCAGAGUAUCCCAAAAAAAACAUUUAAUAAUAUGUUACAUCUAAAGUAGAAAAAAUAAUCAAACCAGUAGUCUAAAUAGAAUGGAUAAGCGAAGAGGAAAAAGGAUAUAAAAAAAUAAUUGCAAAAUAGUCGAAAUAUUUUGAAAUGUAAAAAAAGUAAAUCAUAAUUGAGAUCUAAAAAAAGGAGUAUAUCUUCAAUACCUUAAAAGAAAUAGGCCACCUAAAGAAAUUCAAGUUCCAAGAGUAAAAAUGAAAAUACGACUUAGCUCACUGGUUAUGAAGGAGAAUUGUUGGAAAAGUAUAAAUAACUAUAAGCUCGAUAUUCAAAAAUAUCUUAAGCUUUAUUUGAUGAGAGUAGUUGUGUACAAUAUAUAACAGAUACAGAUCAAAAUUUGUUGCCUUCUCAAUCAACUUCGAAUAAAAAAUAACAAGUUUUAAUUGAAGAAUUGAUAUUAAAUAGAGAGGAAUUAAAUUAUUUAAAAGAGUUUGGCAUUCUUGAAAAUGAAUAAAAUAUAAUGCAUUAAGCAGCAAUUAAAAUUUAGAAAGUUUGGAGAGGAUUUAUUACAAGAAAAUAAAUCUUGGAUUUAUAAUUCGAAUAGUACUAUUAUAAGAAACCUGAAGUUUUUAACGAAGAAACUUUCAGAAGCCUAUUUCGAUUUGAAAAAGAGAAUCAAUCAGUUUAAUAAGGUAGGGAGUAAACUUUGAAUCAACUUAACCACUAAACUGAUCUCAAUUUUAUUUUAGAUUUGGAAUCUGAAAAAAAGGAGAAAUUGUAACAAAAAAAUAGUCCUAAAAUUUCUGAUAAAUUUGUCGCUUAUUAAAAGUUGAAAUGGCAAGAACUUCUCAAUUAUAUUUCUUAGUUAGAGGGUUAAGCUUAGGAGAAAACUAUUGAUGAAGUCCUUAAAGAAGUGAAACUAUUCACUUAUUAAUGUUCUUAAGAUUGUUCCCUCAGCAAAUUUUAAAUUAAGAAAUUAGAGAUAUAGGUUCCUUAAUUUUCAUAAGAAUCAAUUGUAAUGAGUGAAAUUCAAUAAGCUAUGUGUUCUGAAAAGUUAAUUAAGGGAAAGAAUAGAUUUUUGAAGAAGAACCAUUUCAUUAAUUUGCGUCAAAAAAGUUGA